GUGUGUGUGUGUAUUAUUUUAUUCUUUUAUUUGCUUAUAUACAUAUAUACAUAUGUGUGCGCUUGUGUUCACAUGUCUGUGUGUCCAUCUGUUUAAGUUAGGGCGUGUUAAGGCGUACAGAUGUGCUCGGCAAUGAAUAUACACCUGAAGGAAUAUGAUUAUAGGAAAGGGACAUUGAGGCCAAAUGAAUAAAUGUAACCAAAGUCAGAGAUAAUAUAUAAAUAUGUUAUGCAUAAUGAAUUCAAAAUAACAGACAAACAACUGUCACGCCACUGUCCUUUAAUUUGAUAACCUCAAUAAAUUGUAGAUAUGUUAAUGACGUCUGCCAGUUACAGCUGAAAGUAUUUCUUUAUUGAGUCAGUUGGAGAGUUGACUACUCUGAACGGAUUCAAGUAAAGAUGGCAGCUGUUCUUGAAGUAUAAAGACCGAUUGCGUUCUUUUGAAGUUCGGAUGACACCUACCAUUGCAUAUCGAUAAACUUAAGGAAGAUGACCAAAACAGCCGGAUUUCACAUCUGAGGAGAUGCACAAUCGAUUACUUCAUAACUGAACGAAGAAAAUUCUCCAAUAAAGGAAAGAAACAUAAAGAAAUACACAAAGAAUUUUAUUUCUCAACUUCAUCGUUUCUAUCCACCGACAUUUCUCACAGCCUUAAUAUUUCCUAAACAAUGGAUCUUCAGUUUCUGCAACAUUUUAAAUGCAAGGAAUGGAUUACAUGGAAUGACUGAGCCUCGAAUAGAAACUACAAUAUAUACACCAUCACAAAGUUAUACAGCACUAAUAUAAACUAUAAGUGGACAACGAACAGCAACAGUAUUGAAAACAUGGCCUUCAAGGAAUUUACAAUCUCCCUUUAUCACAGCUACACUGAGCUCUUAUUAAAAAAUAAUUAUCCAACAUAUCAACGAACGAAGUUGAACUGAACUCACAUCUUUUCAAUAACCCGUCUGUUACUGUAGACGAAGAAAGAAUUAGAAGUGAGAGUUUUAAGUCUUGUUGCAAACAUUACGGAUUACAAAACAAUUCCUGCAUCUGUGUUCUCAAUAAUUUACCGUCUCAUUUCCUCAUUUUCAUUGUUACUUUAUUAUUUGCCUGUAUUCUUUCCUUGACGCGAUGUUUUCUAUUCCUAAGUAAUGGUGAAACGAAGUCACCAGACACCAAACUGUGAGCCGAUAUUUCCUUUUUAGUGAUUGGCAAAUGACUUCCAUGUUUAUCGAUAUUACAUUACCCGAAUGUACUGUGAAAUAUAAUUGUACUAAGAUAUUGUAAUCAAAGAUUUUGGAAGAAGACGUAAUUCGGUUAGAGAUCAAACAAAUAUUUUCUAUUUUGAAAUUGCAAAAGAAUUAGAAACUAACAAACGUCACUUGACAAAAGUAUACAAGUAAGCCAAUAAACUGCAGUCGCUGGCUUAAAGUUUUCGUUUAAAUAUAAAAAAGAUUGUAUUACUUAUGAAUUAAUAUAAUCUUAAACAGCGGGCACAGCAUAAGGAGAAGAAAGAGAAUUUGAAUUUGCAGAAAUGUCGAAAUUUACCAGUGGCAUUAAGCGUUAUUAUUCAUGUCGAUGGAGGAUAUGUUACGCUUGUACUGUGGCAUUACUUAUCAUGCAAACAUUAAGAGUCGAUCUGAGCAUGUCCUUUGUUUGUAUGUUGAAAAGAGCCAAUCGUACAAAUGAGGAAGUUAACGUUACUACGAACAACCAAUAUUGUUCUGGUUUCGCUAAUGAUUCCUUUAAUCCAAACAUAGAAGGAGAGUUCGAAUGGAGCGACACGUUACAAUCAAACAUACUGGCUGGAUACUUCUAUGGAUAUAUGGUGACUAAUAUUUUCGGUGGAGCAUUGGCAAAUAAAUAUGGUGGGAAAAUAACCGCUGCAGGUUCAAUUCUUUCAACAUCCAUUCUAGCAAUUCUUCACCCAAGUUUAACUCGAAUUAAUGGUUACUUUAUGCUUGCUCUAAGAAUAUUAACAGGUAUGGCAUCUGGACCUAUAUUUCCAGCAGUUUUUUUCCUAAUCGGACGUUGGGCCCCUCCAGAAGAGAACGGUGUAUUAAUUGGGCUUACAUUUGCUGGUCAAAUUCUCGGUAAUAUUGUAGCCUUUCCUACUUCAAGUUACCUUUGUGUAUAUGGAUUUGAUAAUGGAUGGGGUUCGAUAUUUUAUAUAUUUGGUGGAUUAUCGUUGGUGUUUGGGUUUGUGUGGAUGUAUGUUGUUUACGAUAAUCCAGACGUUCAUCCAGCUAUUAGUGAAGAAGAACGUUUCUACUUAAACGACGCUAUAAAAUGUAAAAAUGCUGUUCAAAAGGUACCUUGGAAACGGCUGCUUUCUUCCCCUGCAGUUUGGGCCAUUAAUAUUGGUUUGUUUGCUUAUAAUUGGAUAGAUAUGUCCUUUCAGACGUUGCUACCUCUUUAUAUGAAAGAAGCCUUAAACAUUAAAACAACAUCGAACGGUUUAAUGUCGUCUGCUCCUUCCAUGGGACAAAUGUUUGCUCUACCGAUAUGUGGAAAAUUCGCAGACAUUUUGCGUUCAAAGAAAUAUCUGUCAAACCGUUCCGUUCGCGUUUUAUUCCAAACUUUUUCGAUGGUUACAUCAGCAUGUAUACUGAUUACCAUAGGAUUUCUCAGAUGUGACCAAACCAUUCUGAUAAGUGUCUUGUUUUUGCUCAGUGGUAUCACUCUGUCAUUUUCCAGUGGGGGAGUUAUCCCUAAUAACAUCGACAUUGCGCCAAGCUUUGCUGGUGUUGUGUAUUCAAUUGCUAAUGCAAUAUCUGCACUCUCCGGCAGUAUUAGUUCCUUAACUACAAAAGCUUUAACCCCAAACGGUACACAAGAAGAAUGGCAGAUCGUGUUAUCCUUGUACAGUGGUAUUUGUGUAUUUGGUGCAAUAAUAUUUGCAAUAUUGGCAAGAGGAGAAAUCCAAGAAUGGGCGAUUAUAGGGGGAUCUGACUCGUCCGGUCAAUCAAACGACGCGAAAAGAAAUAAAACGGCUUAGCUACUUUUUUCUGUUUG